GAAUUCCGCGCGUCGGAGGGAGCACCAACCACCACAGACAACACCACCACCCCGUUCGUAUCUCCUCUGUCCUUCUCCCCCAAUGUCUGCGCGCUUGUCUCCGGACUGUCCGCUUCAGAACCGCGCUGGUAUCGGUCCGAACUGACGGCGGGAUGUCUGCACUGAAGGAGAACCAGAGUUACGGUCUGUCCAGCGCCAAACCCGCGGCUAACGUCUCUGUUUUUCACGUCAAACUCACUGACAGCGCGGCAAGAGCAAUUGGGGGUUUUCAGAGCGCCAAGGGCUGGACCUCCUCUCCCACCAUUUGUUUUGGCGACAACAAAGGGAAAAUCUCCAUCCCCUGUGCUGAUAACCAGGACAAAGUGAGGGUGUUUACCUUCAGUCUGAACAAUGUGUCCAGCCUCAACCCACAUGGACGCUUUGAAUGUGUACAACAGACAAAUAUAAGGGCUGCAGAGGAGCUCUCCUGUCUGGGCGUGAUCCAGAAGAAGAUGACGGUGAAUGCCACAGAGGACUCCUAUGACAAAGCCAUCCAGAGCAUGGCCCAGGCCGAGGAAGAGACCAGGAGCAGGGGGGCCAUCGUCAUCAAGCACGGGGGACGCUUCCAGGGUCGAAAGGUAACAGUGCGCUCUCCAGCCACAGCCAUUUCUAACCAAACCAAACCCAAACCACAGAGCCACUCCCUCCUCAGCAGCAUGAAGAAAGGGGUCAGCAGGUCAAAGGUCAAGAAGACUGCUAGCGCAUUAGGUCAACACAACAGUGCUACAGAUGAAGUACAGCGCAGGCCUCUGAGAGAGAGAGUCACCCACCUGCUCGCCCUCAAACCCUACAGGAAACCAGAGCUGCUCCUGCGGUUGCAGAGGGACGGGCUGAGGCCAGAGGACAAGGGCCAGCUGGAGAAUUUGCUGCAGGAGGUUGGUCAACUGAGCAGUAAAGACAAUGCAUUUGUUCUGAAGGACAGUCUGUUCAAAGAGCUGCAGAAGGACUGGCCUGGUUACACCGUAGGAGACCAGCAGCUGCUCAAGCGCAUACUCGUUAGGAGACUUUUCCAGCCUCAGCAGAACCUCCUCUCAGUCCCAGAGGCCCAGGUCAGCCCAUUAAGAGACACCCCGAACUCCUCCCCAGCCCACCGCCCCAAACACUCCCUUUACGAGGACUACACCGACCCCCUCCUCACCAAACGCCCUCGGAUAUCUCACCUGUCCACCAAAACAGACCCAAUCAGGCCUAGACAUAUCGACCCACCUCAAACCAGGCCGGACCAAACCAGGCUAACGGACAGCAAGAACCACUUGGAUCCUAAAAAGCUGUUUGAGUCGUUAACUGAGAUGGACAAAAGACUAGAGCCGGGGAAAGGUGAAGAAGAGGAGAAGGCAGGAAUACCAGAAAACCACCAAAAUGACAUUGAUCAACGCCCGUCGCCUCUCAUAGUCCCAGAUCUGACCCGACCCAAAGUGGCCCGGAGGAAAAGCAAACACAAGCAUAAAGAGAAGGAGAAAGACAGGAGCAGGGAAAGGAAAACUAAAGUAGAAGAUGACCCAAACCAGAUUUCUCAAGAUUACACAGAUUCCUGUGAAAAGCUGUUAGACUCCAAUAUACUACAAGCCUACGACACAAUGGACUAUUUAUCGAAGUACACCAGCAUCGGGUCGCCCCAGCAGAGGCAGAGCUACAAACUGGACUUUAACAGAGAGUACAGUGAGUACAGAGACCUGCACGCUCGCAUUGACUGUGUCACCAGGCAGUUCAUGGAGCUGGACUCUCAGCUCAAGCAGCUGCAGCACGACUCUCAGAAAUACAAGACUGUUCAUAAUCAAAUUGUCCAAGAGUAUUGCAAAAUUAAAAAGUCUAACCCUAACUACAGCCAGGACAAAAUCCGCUGCGAGUACCUGCACAGCAAGCUGGCACAUAUCAAGAAGCUGAUAUCAGAGUAUGACCAGCAGCAAUGAGACGAGACAGCCCCAGGCCCCACUGAAAAGCACUACUGAGGAAGAACUGGCUUUAAUAUGUUAGCUAGCCCACUGCUAACAGGAGGACCACUGCCUGGAGUGUUCCUUGUGGUUUAAAGUGGUAUUCAAAAUGGCAGCUACAAAUACUGAAGAAAAGGAUUCAUAUAAGGUUACAAAUGGGUUGGGUUCACGUAAAAUAACAUUCUCAAUAGUUUAAAACUGAGAUGGAGGACAGGUCAGAAUUCUAUUGGACAGUGUCUUCUUUAAAGGGGCUGUACUGGAUUUUUACUGUCUUAAAAUCAUGAAAAACAAAACUAGUUCAUUUUAAACGGUUUGCAGUGGUCCAAAGUUAUCCCUCGCUUACCUUUUGUAUUCUGAGCAUCAAAAUUAUUGACCACAAUGAGUUUAUAAGCAUUUUUCGCAAUAAAACGCUUUAUAAUUAGAUGCAGAUAACACUCAGUGGGCAUAUUUUGACUUCAAGAGCUACCUAUAAAACAUAUCUAUUCUGCAGCAAGACAAAUCUUGCUCAAAUGCAUGAGAAAAAUCUGGUACAUGCCCUUUAAUAUCCUGUAAUUACUGGGGCUAUCUACAUGAAACAAAAACUGGUACAAAGUCUUCAUUAUCAUAACUUUCUUUUCACAAGUGACUGCCCACCUCUGGUUCCUGAAGUAGAUUUCCCAUUAAUUUUCCCUAUAGACUUUCUAAAAAACAUCAUAUUAAAAGUUUAAAAGCUCAGGGCUAAUCGGCUGCGUGGUAACUAAUGACAAAAAGACAUACCAUUUUAUAAAAAAUCUGUUUCUGAAAAGUUAUAAAGUUAGUUGGUUAAAGUUAUUAAAACAUUUUGCCGGAUCUUGUGUUUUAAACAUGUUUUUGGGACAACUGCGCUAGGGAUGUGAGUUAGCACGUAGCUGGUUAGCCUCUGCAGUUUUUCCAGAUGUUUAUGGAAAAUUUACUUCUGGAACCAGAGCUGACUUUGAAGACUGUUGAGCUCCAUAGCCUCAAAAGGUGAUGUAAUUGGGACUUUAAGCCAUAGGAUUUUAUUUAAAUUUGUGGACCUAAUCCUUAACACAUAUUAAGGGUCAACAUUUGUAGAUUUCUUUUUAGAUUUUUUAGAUAUAGUUAUAAAGGCCCCUGCCCUCCAGUUGAACCUAUGAAAUCAAAUUGUCGAAUGUUGUGAACACGCCUUUUGACAGCUGGGAUGUUUAAGUAUGGAUUUACAUUCCAUGAUAUCAAAUGUGAUGUUUUUGCUUGUGUUCAGUUACUGUCAGUGUUGCUAUGUUGGAAGCAUGUGUUACAUACAUUCCCAAAGUAAUUAUGUUUCGGUUCAGUUCCUCCCAUGUUGUGAAAAAUAUUGUCUUCAAAACUUCAUUUCUGUGACUUCAGUAAACAUAUGUCAGUGUUCAUUUGUCCAAGUUUUGAUUUAAGGAUUUCAAUGUUUCGCCAGUGCCUAAAAUCAAAAUGUAAAAUCAUUUCUAAGUAUUCAGAUGCGGAGUUGAGCUGCCAUCCUUUGUGUUACAAGUAUUAAAAGGCCAGCAGUAAGGAGAAACUUUGUUCCAAAACUGCUGGGAUGAAGUGGUCAAUGUUGCAUGCUGCAGUGUACUACAAAAUAAAACUUGUAUUAUAUUAUUUUAUAAGUGUCUUGGGUUCAAAUGAUUAGUGAUAUUAUUAUUUAAGUAUUUAUGUAUAUUUUUUUGUCAUUUGUUUAUGAAAUUUGGUUUAGUUGCACAUUAAAAUUACACUCAAAUCAUAAUGUAUUAUAACAAGG